UUCCCCAAUGUUCGUAUUUAUCAGUAUUGUGUUAAUAUUUGUCUACAUCUUCAGCACUGUCAUUAAACCGAAGAAAUACCCGCCAGGUCCAAGAUGGUAUCCAUUUUUCGGUUGCUUUGGCCUCAUAAAUAGUAGGAUGAAGCAACAUGGCUCUCAAUGGAAGGUGCUCUCGGAAAUGGCGAAGGAAUUCUCCACGAAAGUUCUCGGCUUGAAACUUGGCAAUCAAUUGGUUGUAGUUGUCUACGGAGAGAAGAACAUACGACAAGUAACAACUGAGAAGGAGUUCGAUGCUCGACCAGACAGCUUCUUUUUGAAAUUACGGACUUUUGGUAAACGUGUAGGUAUAACAUUCGUAGAUGGUCCGCUAUGGAGAGAGCAUAGACCUUUUACAAUGAAGCACCUGCGGAAGCAAGGUUUUGGAAAACCGCCGAUGGAGCAAGACAUUCAAGCACAAUUGAACAAUAUAUUGGAUGUUUUGGGAAAGAGCAAUGGCAGUUCGAUCAGCAUCAGAACUCCUAUGUCAAUUGCCCUGGUUAACAUCAUAUGGAAAUAUGUGGCAGGUGAGCACAUAGAGGAAAAUAAGUUGAGACAAUUUCUGCAGUUCUCCAGUGCCAGGUCUAAAGCAUUCACUUUAGCAGGAGGUUAUCUAGACCAAUGGCCAUGGCUGAGAUUCAUUUUCCCAAAUUGGACUGGCUAUAACAUUAUAAAGAAUAUGAACAAAGAGAUAUUGGACAUUAUUGAGGAUGCUAUAUGGAGACAUCACAGCACCGUUGAAGGCAAUGAUUAUAUUUACUCAUUCUUAAAAGAAAUAUACGACAACAAAGAUACGUAUACGGAGGAUCAAUUAAAGGGCGUGUGCCUUGACAUCCUGAUCGCAGCGUCUAACACAGGGAGCAGUGCUUUGGACUUCGCUUUCAUCUGUCUCUUACGUCACCCAAAUGUACAGAAUAAAGUUUAUGAAGAGAUCAGUCGAGUUCUGGGUGAUGAUACACCAAGUUGGUCGGACAAUGGAAGACUCAUCUACACAUCUGCGUUCCUCUCCGAAGUCCAUAGACUUUGUACAGUAGCACCUUUCCUGGGCGGACGAAGGGCAUUGACUGACAUUGAAAUGGAGGGGUACUUAAUACCUAAAGGGACAACUAUCCUCGUAUCGCUAGGAGACUUGCAUCAAGACGAGACUCUUUGGGAUGAACCGAACACCUUCAAGCCAGAAAGAUUUAUCGACGAAAAUGGAGCCCUAAAAACUCCGGCGAAUCUUUAUCCAUUUGGUCUAGGUCGUAGACGCUGUCCGGGUGAACCUUUAGGCAGAUGCUUCAUAUUUAUAAUGCUAGUGGGAAUCGUCCAGAAAUAUAGACUCCAAUGCAACGGGCCUCCACCAUCCGCGGAAUCAGUCAUCGGUCUCCUCGCAGAACCAAUACAGUUUACCGCACAAUUUGUGAAGAGACUAUAAAAGUCAAUUCCAUAUACGUAUAUGUACGCCAAAACGACAUACUAGUUUGACAUUGCGGCAUGCCACAGGGUCGUUCACUCUAACAGGGUCAUAUCACUGUUAUUCGAUUGUAACGUUCGAUUAUUAUUCCAUUAAUUUUCAAUUACUUUGAAGUCAUCGAAGGUUAUGUAAAAUAUUAUGUUGAGAGACACCGAGAUAUUUAAAGAAGCAAUUUUAUAAGAAUAAAACGUGGCAACACUUGCACUCGGGGGAAUGUUUGGCAACACUGGAGAUAGGAUAGGGACAUAGAGUAGGAUUAUAUUUGGAUAGGGAGGUGUGUCUUUUGAGCGGGGUAGGAUUUUUGGUAGUAGAGGAAUAUUUUAGUUAAUAUAGCGUGAUUAAUCAAUGUUUGGAGUUUUAUAGUAAAAGCUAAUAUACGAUGUUACACUUGCGCAACGCCUUUGAUGUCGAACGAUGUUACCGCUCGUGUAAGUAUUUACGCAGUCCUACACAAAUAUGCGAGGGCGGUCACAAAGGCUUCAACUCUUCAACCCUGAUGAUGCAGGAUACAGCACUCCUAAACCAUAGAGAUUCAGGAACUGUUCCUGGUGAAAUAAUAUUUCAAAUAUCGAGCAUAGACUUCAUCAUUGAACUCUAAGUCCCAACUUUGUUAUCCUGAUGCUGCAAGGUGCUGAGUUCCUAUUUAUAAUUAAACUCGUAAGUCCCAACUCUUCAACCCUGAUGCACUCCUAAACCAUACAGAUUCAGGAACUUUUCCAGGUGAAAUAGUAUUACAAAUAUCGAGCAUAAGACUACAUCGUUGAAAUCCAAGCCCUCAAUUUUGAUGCUGCGAGGUACCUACUGUACUCUGAGUAUGAAAAAUCCAUGCUUCUCACAUGGAAAACUGUUAUGUGGCUUUCUCACGCUUCGGGACACCGCGCGUCUCAUUCACAUAUGCACCAGACGGAGAAACUAAAAAUAUUGUGUAGAAAAAAGCAUUUCAAUA